CAAAGAUAUUAAUUUUGAUUGAUUCUUUUUCAUUGAAGGUAUGACUAACAUUUUGGAUUUCGACUAUUAUUUUUACGAUUAUUCGAAUCGUACUCAAGCCUUAGAAAAUAUAAUCGCAAACAUUCCCACAUGGUUGAGUUUCGUUCGUAUUGUUCUUGUUAUAUUACUGCGUGCUGGUUAUGUAUUAAUACAUAUUGGUAGUGUACCAGUGAAUAACAUCAACUUAAUUUUAUUGCAAAAUAUUAUUGACAUUUGCUGGAUAACGAUGAUUUAUUCAUUACUUGGAAUUAUCAUCGCCUACACUGGCGACGUACACGGUGUGAUAGGCGCAGGACAUUGGAUUGGUGACCAUGAUGUCGAUAAAGACGAACUCAUAACCGGCUGGUCAGCUGUGGUAAUCACAGCUGCAAUUUGCACGAGCGGCAUAGUUGGUCGGACACAUACCGUCGGUUAUAUUAUCAUAGGAUUUUUGCUGGCUGGUAUAGUGCAACCAUUUUUAAUCCAUUGGAUUUGGACACCUCAUGGAUGGAUGCGAAGAAAUGUAUUAAAUAAACAACACGUUCAUUUUCACGAUUAUACCGGAUCUGUGGUUAUUCAUGUCCUUGGCGGAUUGACAGGAUUGAUAGGUUGUUUGACACUUGGACGAAGAAUACUUCGCUUAGACGCUAUAGAUGAAGCAAGUAUUGCUGUCGGUGCCUCAGGAAAUGUUUUUGCUGGUUAUUUACUUGUGUUUGUAGGUCUACAGAGCCUCAGUUUGACAAAUAUUCAAUUAGAACAUUUCGAAAUGAAAAUUAAAAGAAAACACAAUGUCUUUGUCAACAAUAUAUUGGCCGCGAGUGCGUGCAGCUUAUUUGUUGUAAUCUUUCAUUUUGCAUAUCCUCAAGAAGAGUUUAACCACUGGACUGUAAUGAGAUGUGUACAAGCAAUGAUAGCUGGAGUAGUAGUAAUAUCUGCUGGAGCGGAUGCUUAUUCUCCAUUGGCAGCGAUUAUUCUGGGCGCAGUCGGAAGUAUCAUCUUUUAUAUAAUUUCGAGAUAUAUAUUUCGAAGUGCACUUGAAGAUUAUUGCAACAUUGUAGCUACUCAUCUGGUCUGUGGUAUAUUGGGAACUGUCUUAGUCCCCUUUUUUUAUGUACAAGAGGAUGAUGAUGUGAAAUUAGUUUUAUUAAAUUUUGGCUGGCAAAUGAUUUGUUUAAUCGUAGUAAUUGUUUUAGUUUCAAUUAUUAUGUAUAUUGCCUUUAUUAUUCUGCAAUUUGCCGGUUUGCUAAGAAAUAGAUCGGAAUAUUUGAAUCAUUUAAGAGCUAAUGUAGCUGAAGGAAGAAAUCAAAGAAAAAAUCUGUUAGAUAGAUUGUUCCGCAUGGAUAGAGAUGCCGUUUAUCUUCAACCGGGUAUGAGUUUUGGCGAACCACUCGGUCUUCGUAGAACACAAGAAAGAGAAGAAUAAUACAGACCAGAUGAAGCGAAAACUUAAAAAAAUCAUUAAUUUAUAUAAAAUAUAAAUUUUUAAAUAUUUAUA